UUUUAUGUAUAAAUAGAAGCUUUGUGCAUCUAUGAAAAUCUAAAACAUAUUAAAUUUACUUAACACCUCAACUCAUCAAGCAAGAAUGGAGGACUCUUGGAAUAUGUCAGAGCUCAUGUUAUCAGAUGUGCUCGUGUCCAAUGUCUACAACCAGUUUUUCCACCAGAAUCAAAAUCUGUUCAAGGAUAAGAUUGUGCUGGAUGUGGGCUGCCGCAGUGGGCUGCUGAGCAUCUUGGCUGUAGAGGCGGGCGCUGUGAAGGUGUUUGCUAUUGGCAACAUGCGAAGUGCCAAAUGUAUUGCGAAGGUUUUGGGAAAUGGCGAGCGGGCGGAGAUUUUUGAGCCGCUCAAUGGUUGCAUUACGCAAAUCAUAUUGCCCUGUGGACUGAGAAAAGUGGAUAUAAUAGUAUCCGAGUGGAUGGGGCAUGCCCUAUUCGCGGACUCUUUAUUCUGCCAGGUGCUAUACGCACGUGACAAGUGGCUGAUAAAGAAUGGCUUUAUCUUUCCCAGUGUGGCCAAUCUCUAUAUACAGGGCAUAUCAUUAAAUCGUGAGCUGUUGGUUGAUAAAAACGUGCUGAUAAUGGAAGACUAUGUGAAUAGACAAUCGUUGAUAACAGAAAAGUGUCUACUAAAAUCAAUAGACCUCACCUCAAUCAAAGAUGACAUUGAAUUCCAAAAGGCCGACUUCAAGAUGAAAGCACUGCGAAAUGGAACGAUGUCUGCGUGUCUUCUCUACUUUGACAUAUGUGCCACAAAUGGCAAGGGUCAGCUGCAAAAGUUGUUUUCAAUAGGACCAGAGGCGCCCAAAACGUAUAUGAUGCAAACAAUUCUAUUUUUGAAGGAAGAUGCCCUCGUAGUUGCAGAACAGCAGAUUCUGUUUGGGCGCUUAAGCAUGAUACUUGGCUACUUUGCACCACGCGGCGUUGAGUUCUCCCUGGGCAUAUGGUUGGCCAAGUAGAAUAUUGUAUUUAAUAAAGGGUAAAUACUGA